UGGCCAGUGCAUGUCCUGGCGGGGAGGGCUGAGCAGCUGCAGCAGCCACCUUGGUUACAGGCUCCCUGUCUUUCCCUGUGGGCUGGGUAGGCAGCCCUCGGCCUGUGCCUCCCUGUGGGGUAAUACAGCAGAUGGCUGGCGAGGCCACCUUCCCUCCCCCUCCCCUGCUGCCUCUUGACGGCUGAACCCUGGACACCUGAGCCCCCAGCUGAGCAGGGCUUGACUGCCACGUUUACUCUGCUGCCUGCGGGGUGGUAGGUGACUCAGGGCAGACUGAGCCCUAAGACUGCAGCGCCUCCAGGGCCCAUGCCUUGAGGUCGGUACCCUCAGUGGGAAAGCCACCUGCUGAUGGGGAGUCUGGGGUUCAGCCCAGGGGUGCAUGGACACCCUGGAGGUCAGCCAGGCUUGGGGGCAGGAUCACAACACAGCCUCCAUAUUCAGAGGUCUGGGCCCCAGGCUGAAGCUCCGAGGGUGUGUCCUGGCCUCGAACCCUGUCCAUGUCUGUCCCAGUGGCCCCCACACCUGUGACCCCUCAUAGGGCAGGGAACAGUGGCGUCCUCCUCACCUGGGGAUGUCUCAUCUCAUUCUGACCAGACCAGGCUGUUACUACCCUGGAUCUUAGGUCGGAAGGUCAGAUACAGGGUCACGAGACAAUUCACGAGACAGUGCCAUCCAGUCUCAGAACAGCCCCCAGAGGCCCCAGGGCCCUGGGAAGGACUCGCAAAGGUCGUCCCCAGGCUCUGUCCUGCCGUUGCAUCUGAUCUCCCUGCUCAUCCCCAGGCUGAGGAGGAGCCUCCAUUCCCUCCUGGCGGUAAGGCUCCUUGCCAGAGGUGGGGUCUCAGGGUGCUUUUAGGUGCCUUGGCCUUUGUUGGGACUGUGCUGCCCCGUGUGGGGCCACGGCCACUGAAAUUCAAAUCAACCCAAGGAAAUGGACUCGGAUCCUUGGUCACACCAGCUGUUUCCAGUGUUAACAGUGUACAUGUAGACCGCUUGCUCCCAUACUUCACUUUUCUGGCACCUGCCUUGCCCAGUGGUGGACAGGCUGGACCCCAGGAGCCAGGUGCCGGGGUUUCAGCAGAGUGGGGGCUCCCUGAGAGUGUAGCCCUGCCAUGCAUCGGCUUCCCAGACCCCUGUGAGCCAGAAGAAAGCCCAGUCUGAACCCUUCGGGCACAUUCAUGCUGCAAAGGCCUCACCCCCAGCAGAAAGGGGUCAUUUGACCCCGAGAUGUGCUGGCAGGUUGUAACCCUGGGAAGGCUCAUGGAGGUUGUGGAAUCUUUCUGGGCCGGGAACACAAUACCCACUCCUGCUUCUCUGUAUGAAUGUCUGUCCUGGAUGUAGUGAUCUCCAGGUGAAGGGCCAGCCCGGGCCCUCGGGGGGAGCCCAGGUCUGGAGUUGGCCGGGGCUGGGUGGAGGAGGCCACAGGAGUUGGCCAGCCCUGCCCCCUCCUUUAGCUCAGGCUGGAAGGGUCGGCUAGGCAGCUUUGAUCCCUGGGCCCUUCCAUCCCUGAGGGAGGAGGGGCUCUGGUUACAGUGUCCCCUCCCUCCCCACUCCAGCCAGAGCCAGCCUUUCUCUACCCCUCAGUGACCCUCAGGGCCAGUGUCUCCUCCGGGCUCCUGGGCCUUGGCCCCUCCCCAGCCCUCCUCCCGACUCCCCGCCUCCUGCCCUGAGCUGACCACAGAGGGGCCAGAGGGGGAAGGGGAAGGGGCUGGACCACAUGCACGUCCUGAGCUCUGAAAGACCCAGACCCUUCCCAGCCCCUCCUGCCGCCGGGUGGAGAGGGAGCAUCUGUUGUGGGCUCCAACCUUGGGGGCCAGAGGGGAGCGAGGGGGCUCAGCCAGGGGCCUACGCACAGCACCAGCUGCAGGCUGGGAGGGCGGAUGCCUGCGGGGAACGGGCUCAACAGGGCCUGAGGAGGGGCUGGUGGCCACGCCCCCCGCCCCCCUAGCCCAGCGGUCUCCAUGCUGGCCCCGAGCCCAUUCCUGCUGCGGCUCCUCGUGGUUGGGCUGACCUCAGGGGCCAGCCUGCCACCAAGGCCCAGGACCCCCUUGGGCGUGUGCCCCAACCAGCUCAGCCCCAACCUGUGGGUGGACGCCCAGAGUACCUGUGAGCGGGAAUGCGUCGGGGACCAGGACUGCGCAGCCGCGGAGAAGUGCUGCACCAACGUGUGUGGGCUAUGGAGCUGUGUGGCCACUCGCUUCCCAGACGGGGACCUGGCGGCCCCUGCACAGGCAGUGUCCUGUGAGGGCUUUGCGUGCCCCCAGCAGGGCUCCAGCUGUGAUAUCUGGGGCGGGCAGCCGGUGUGUCGCUGCCGGGACCGCUGUGAGAAGGAGCCCAGCUUCACCUGUGCCUCUGACGGCCUCACCUACUACAAUCGCUGCUACAUGGACGCCGAAGCCUGCCUGCGAGGCCUGCACCUACACGUUGCACCCUGCAAGCACGUGCUCAGCUGGCCGCCCAGCAGCCCGGGGCCGCCGGAGACCACCGCCCGCCCAACGCCCGGGGAUGCCCUCGUGCCGCCGGCCCUCUACAGCAGCCCCUCCCCACAGGCGGUGUAUGUGGGGGGCACGGCCAGCCUCCACUGCGAUGUCAGUGGCCACCCGCCACCCACUGUGACCUGGGAGAAGCAGAGUGACCAGCGAGAAAACCUGAUCAUGCGGCCAGACCAGAUGUACGGCAACGUGGUGGUCACCAGCAUUGGGCAGCUGGUGCUCUACAAUGCCCGGCCAGAGGACGCUGGCCUCUACACGUGCACUGCACGCAACGCCGCCGGCCUGCUGCGGGCUGACUUCCCACUCUCCGUGGUCCAGCGGGAGCCGGCCGGCCCCAGCGCCCCUGCCCCGGCCACGUGCCUGGCCCACGCGCAGGCCUGCACUGGCCCACCCUCUGGCCCGGUCCUCUGGCAUUUCGACUCACAGCGGGGCGGCUGCAUGACCUUCCCAGGGGGCGGCUGUGACGGCGGGGCCCAGGGCUUCGAGACCUACGAGGCGUGCCAGCGGGCCUGUGUCCGCGGCCCCGGGGACGCCUGCGCACUGCCGGCCGUGCAGGGCCCCUGCCAGGGCUGGGAGCCACGCUGGGCCUACAGCCCGCUGCUGCAGCAGUGUCACCCCUUCGUGUAUGGCGGCUGCGAGGGCAAUGCAAACAAUUUCGAGAGCCGCGAGAGCUGCGAGGACGCCUGCCCCGUGCCACGCACACCGCCCUGCCGGGUCUGCCGCCUCAGGAGCAAGCUGGCGCCGAGCCUGUGCCGCAGUGACUUCGCCAUCGUGGGGCGGCUCACCGAGGUGCUGGAGGAACCCGAGGCGGGCGGCGGUGGCAUCGCCCGAGUGGCUCUGGACGACGUGCUCAAGGACGACAAGAUGGGACUCAGGCUCUUGGGCACCAAGUACCUGGAGGUGACGCUGAGCGGCGUGGACUGGGCCUGCCCCUGCCCCAACGUGACGGCGGGCGACGUCCCGCUGGUCAUCAUGGGCGCGGUGCGGGACGGCGUGGCGGUGCUGGACGCCGGCAGCUACGUGCGCGCAGCCAGCGAGAAGCGCGUCAGGAAGGUCUCAGAGCUGCUCGAGAAGAAGGCCUGCGAGCUGCUCAGCCGUUUCCAGGACUAGCCCCGCCCCUCCGCCCCGGCCCCGCCCCGCCUGCUGAAUAAAGGGUGUGGGGCCUCUCGGGCGACCCGACCAAUCCAGGGGCCCACGGGGAGCUGUGACCUUUCCCCGCCGCGCGCCGGCGGGGGUCCCGCCACCACCCUGGGGCUGGGCUCCAGCCUGAGGCUAUCAGGCAGCGCCAGUCCCCUCCGGGGAGCCUCCCGCGUCCCUGCCGGAGCCCGGGCCACCAGAGGCGCCUGAGGCAGGCACCGCCUCCUGCGGCGGGAAGGCCAGGUCGCCAGCCAGCCCUGUCCGGCCUCAGCAGUCCCUGGGUCUCCCCUCCCUCCUCCAG